AUGGACAUUAUCACCAUGCCGUACACCGAAGGUUACCGAUACUGCCUCACCUGUGUCGACCGAUUUACCAGAUGGCCAGAAGCAAUCCCCCUUCAGAACCAGGAAGCAUCCACCAUCGCUAAGGAGUUCUACACCAAUUGGAUAGCGAGGUUCGGCACUCCACUCCGGAUCACCACAGAUCAAGGGAGACAAUUCGAGUCAAGCCUGUUCAACGAGCUAUGUAAGUUGACUGGCACGAACCACAUCCGAACCACCGCCUACCACCCAGCAGCCAACGGUAUGGUGGAAAGAAUCCAUCGACAGCUUAAGGCAGCUAUCAAAUGCCACAACAAUGACAGAUGGACCGAAACGCUUCCCAGUGUCCUCCUAGGGAUGAGAGCAGCCUGGCGGGAAGACAUGAAAGCAACCGCCGCAGAAAUGGUAUAUGGAGAGCCAUUAAGAUUGCCUGGAGAAUUUCUAUCUACAAGUACGGAUGACGGUGCGGACACAGCCGACUUCGUAGUGGAUCUGAGGCAACAAAUAAGAAGAAUUAGACCUAUCAACGCCAACUACCACGGAGAACGACCCAGCUUCGUUUUCAAGGAAUUGGAUACGUCACCGUUCGUUUUCGUCCGACAUGAGGGCCCAAAAUUAGGCUUGCAGAAACCCUACGACGGACCAUACGAAGUUUUGAGUAGAGACCCAAAACAUUUCAUCAUCAAGAUCAAUGACAAGGAAACGACGGUGACAAUCGACCGUGUAAAACCAGCCUACAUAUUUGACAAUCUCGAAAAUGAAGAGCAUGAGGAAGAUCACACAGAAGAUCCAGUAGAAAACGAAGCCAAUGAUCAAGCUAUAUUCCCGGAAACGAGGAAAACCAGAUCCGGUAGGAAGGUACAUUUCCCAAAGAAGUACCUAACUAUGAUUUCGUAA